UGCUUCUGGCAAGAAAUCGAAACGGCCGUAGGGGGCUGGGGGGGGGGGGGGGGCGGAGACCCCCAGGGGACGGCUGCUUUGGAGCGGGGGGCGUCCAGCACAGAGGCGAGCCCCCGAGCGGCCCCCGGGGCGAGAGGGGAGGGGGGCGGCGGAAGGACCGCCGGGGGUGCGCCCGGAGGACCCCCCGCCGUAGACGUCCGGGGGGCGGCGAUGGAGCGGACGUCCGGAGGCCCCCGGGGACUGCUGCAGCUGGUGGGCUUCCUGUCCGGUGCCUGGAUCGUUGGGGCGCAGGGGCCCCCCGCGAAUCACACGCGGGGAGAGUCCGCCCUUUUUCACCUAAACGUCUCUCCGAUCUCCGACGUACGGGUGGUCGAAUGGACCUUCGUGACCAGGAAUCUGGCUAUCACGGAGCUCAUGCCCGGGGCCCGGGGGCUCUCGCCCGGCUGGACCCACGAGAGAUACAGCCAGAGGGUCCACGUGGUCGACGGGGUCUCCCUGAAGUUGCUGGAUGUGACCCCCGAGGACGGCGGCACCUACGAGGCCCAAGUCAAAUUCCGGUCAGGAGCCUUCCGGAAGCAGCUCUUCGCCCUGGCGGUGUACGAGCCGGUCCCCCUCCCCGAGAUCCAUCUGCGGCCCGGGAGCCGGACGUCGGGCCGGUGUAACUUCACCCUGGAGUGUCGGCUGCCGGGGGCGGGGGCGGCCGUGUCCGUGAGCUGGAGGAAGGGGGACCCCCCGGGGGAGCUGACCGCGGCGGAGCGGCGGGGGCUGUCCCCCGACCGCCGGACCCUGAACCUGGCCCUGUCCUCGGUCCAUCCCGACGACGUCUUCACCUGCCUGGCCCGCUCUCCCGCCCAGGAGAGAAACGCCUCCGUCCAACUCGGGGACCACUGCGCCCCACGUGAGUCCUCCACCAAAGGGGCGUCUGUUAUUCCAGGGUCGGCCUCCUCGGCGAACGCCUUCUCCCUGAAAUGGAUUCUCUCCGCCGCUUUGGUGCAGGCCCUGUGCCUGUGGAUGGAUUAUGACUAAAGGAGAAGAUGGGGGCGGAGAGAGGCGGGGGCCGAGCGACACGGAGGUCCAAACUGGAGAAUCGCCCCCGACCCCGCAGCCGCGAUGAAACCCGACGACAGUAACCGGAGGCAGAGCCGAACGCGGACGUCCCGAGAAUUUCCCCUUGGCCCGUUCGGGGGCCCGGCCCAUCUCAGUGGGCGAAUUCCUCCCUCGGCUCCAUAGAUUUUGAGUUCUAAGGGCAAACCGACCGAAGAGAGUUGGGACGUCUGGAGGGCCCUGGAGGGUCUUUGAGACAUGAAAGGCCCCCCCCCCCCCCGGGGGGGUCCUGACCUCAAAGAGCUUCCGACGGGACGGACGGACGGACGGGGUGGGGGUGGCUGGGCUAAGAUUCCUUACGAAUAGAGCGGGAGCAGGGGGAGAAUCGGAAAUCCAAAGAACGGAAGAAUCGAUAGAUAGCGAAUAAAUACACGGAGCGGAA